AUGAAUAGCUACACCUUCUCCGGCGCCUCAAUGCCCAGCAACGCGUCCAACACAGGCUCCAUGCCCAACAGCGGUGCCAGCGGCGCCUCCUGGAGCGGUUCAUGGAGCAGCAAUAGCAAUUACCCCCAGGGCCAACAAGGCCUACCCACCUCGCCUUACAGCCGCCACAGCAUCAGCAGCGCCGGAAACCCUGCCAAUGACAACGCCAUGUCCUUCAGCAACCCGCGAACCACGCAAUCCCCCGUCACCGGUCCUGAUGGGCUCUCGGCCUCUCCUUAUGACCAGAGCCAGCAGCACUACGCUCAUUCCAUGGCCACCGCCGCUCCUCAGCACCCUGGCCUCAUGGCCACGUCCUCACAGCCACCUGCGCAGUCCCCCCUUUCAGCGCACUCAGACGCCUACACCCAUGCCUACGCCCCAACACACACGCGGCCCGGCAGCAACCCUAGCUAUUACGCGUCGUCUGGCCAUUCGCAGUUCUCCUCGUACGCUCCGCCUCAGCACUCGCCGACCCAGCCGUCUCCCACCACUGGCAGCCCUGGCGGCCGUGGUAUCGGCUCGCUUCCCAGCAACCUCAACUACCGUUAUGGCACCUACGGCCAGUCUCUUCCCGUCAUGUCCAACAUGCACCACCCCGGUGGCCAGAUGUCCAUGAUUCCCGGCAUGAGCCAGCACCAGGGCUACGGGAGCCAGAUGGUCUACCCUCACGCUGCCGCUCCUCAGCCUCGCUCUGAGCGACCCUUCCGCUGCGACCAAUGCGUCCAGUCCUUCAGCCGCAACCACGACCUGAAGCGCCACAAGCGAAUCCACCUGCCCAUCAAGCCAUUCCCUUGCAACUACUGCAGCAAGAGCUUUUCUCGCAAGGAUGCUCUCAAGAGACAUCGCCUCGUCAAGGGCUGUGAGACCCGUUCGCAACAGAACGGGGAGCAGAACGACGAUAGCCGACGCGCGGGAGACCGCCCUCGUGAUUAG